GAACUGUCUAAAGCAGCCUGAACUCAGACUGGCUUGAACGUAUAUAAGAAGUGGGCGUCUUUGUUGCUCUCGGUAUUGCUGUGCAUUUUAAAACAAUUUUUAUUGUUUUAUUUUACUGAUAUAUAUUUUUUUUUUUUUGCGUUUGCCUGAGAAGAGGAAGAGAAAUGCAUUUUGCCUCUGUACUCGUGAAUAUAGCUAUCGUCUUUCAGGCGUGCAGAUCCGCUCCGACCUGUGGACCGGAACAGUACCUUGAUAAAAACAAUAAGUGCUGUGAAAAGUGUCCAAUGGGUGAGAAGAGAGUGUCUGGAUGUGAAAGCCCAGUAUGUGUAUCUUGUGCGGAUGGCGAGUAUAUGUCAGAAUACAACUCCAAGACAUCCUGCAUUGUGAAGACAUACUGUGAUCCAAAUCUGAACUUUGUUUAUAAGUCUCACGGGAGCCGUUUUGAAAAUGCACAGUGUAUAUGCAAAGAAGGGACCCAUUGCUCCAGUGCAGACUGUGACACCUGCAAUGCAAACACAGAAUGUGGCAAAGGACAUGGAGUCAAGGCAGCAGCUACUGAGCAGAAAGACACUGAGUGUGAGGCAUGCCCUAAGAACUACUACUCUAACAUCACUUCAGCAAAAGAGCCCUGCAUCCCGUGGACAUCGUGUGCGCCAGGACUCGUUGUGAAAACAGAAGGAACCGCAACUUCUGAUGUCGUGUGUGGUCCAGGUGGACGAGACGACAGGGUUGCCAUGACAGUCUGGAUUACAGUGGGGGUUCUUGCAGUUCUGGUAGCUGUGGGUUUUGGUGUUUACACACAAAGAGCAAAACUGACGGAGCACUGCAAAAAGCAUAAGGGACAAUACCAUACAAUACAAGUGCCAGUGCCGGCUAAGGAGGUCAACAACCCUGUAGAGGUGGAUGACCAGCAGCUUCUCCAGGAACCAGAACCCAAGAGUCCCACUGAGGAAACUCUGUCUGAAGGGAAAAGGCUGGUGACCCAGGAGGUAGGGAAGGACUCCCACAUGCCAGAGCAAGAUUCACAAGACUCCCGUUUCUAAGGAGAAGCCAGCAGACAAGCGACUGUGAGAUGAGGAGGGAACACUAGCCCUGGACUGCAAGCAUCAAUUCAUUACACCUCCCAGGGGGUAGGGGGCAGUACGCUGUGUUCUGUAAAGAUUACAGCUUUUUGUGGAGUAUAGACAGUUGCAUCUCUGCCCAGCAGUAAAUGACGGUGGUUCAGAAAACAGGAGGACUGGAGCAUUAAAUGUUUUUGUUGUAUUUUCAUUGUAAAUACACUCUCUUAUUGCCCAUAUUAUUUAUAUUUGAAUUUCAACACAGGUUAAAGCAGGCUAAGUUCCCCUAUACCUUGCAGUACCAUAAAAAACAUAAGAGCAUUCACGAGUGAGAAGAGGCUGUUCAGCCCAAGUAAGCUUGUCCGGUUCCUAACAGCUGUUUGAUCUCAGAACUUUAUCAAGUUGGGUCUUACAGUGAUUCAGCAUCAACAACAUGACUAGGUAACCUUUUCCAUCCUCUCACAACUCUGAAAAAGUGUCUCCUUCCCUUGUCCUAAGUCAGUGGAGCUAACAGGUAAGGGCAGGUACAAUAGGACAAGGCUGCUCUAUGUAGAAUGGUAUCAGUGUGUUAGCAUUAACAUCCACACUGCUGGAAAUCCAUCACAGUACCAUUAUACUAUGAAUUCAUGACCAGACAGCAUGCUACUGAAUCAUCAGGACCACAGGGCAAUGUCUCUUCCAAAUUCAUUGGCUUUCAAAAGUUUAAACGUUUUCAAUAUAUUAAACAACUUUUCAAUAAUCUUUAUAGGCAACCAUUUUGCAACAGCAUAAUUAUGAUAAAAAAAAACCUUCAUGAAGAAAGUAAGUCUUAAUGUUGUACAAUAGAUUUCUGGUUUGAUAUUGUGACGUUCUCCAAAAGGAUGCGCUCCUUUUAUUAAAUGUAUAUAUGUACUUAAUAAUAAAACAUUAGCCAUGCAUGUUGCUAAAUGUAUGUAUUUGUUCAAUAAUUAAUAAUUUGCAAUAGUUUGGGGUUUUCUGUCUAGGUAUUUUAUUUAUUGCCAAUUUAUAGAGUAAAACUCAAGGAGACACACAUUUCAAAGACAGCACAAAAAAACAAAUCAUCAAGUAUUGCAGGUUAAGGCAAAUGAAUGAAAUACUGGUUUUAUUCAGUACUAGCUUUCACCAGCUAUGAUUAUGCCCAGGGUUUCCUUUUUUUCGUUUUUUAUUAAUUUCAUUAUUUGGUGAUUUUUUAGAAAUUUUCGAGUUUAAUGUAAAUAGUUUUUUUUGUACCUUCUUUCCUUUGCUGUCUUCCACAACGAAGUCCUUCUGGUCACGGGCACA